GCUAUCCGUCUCGACCACCUGAAAGUCUACAGAGUACGGAGUACUCAACUUCACAUGUAUCACUUUCAAUGCAAAUGAUUUGUGUCUCCAGUCGCGGUUAUUCCUCUCAGGAAGAGAAGACUGAGCGCGCUUUGGUUCUCUGCAGACAAUCCUUCACUAAUGAGGAAAGAUCACCCUCCGCUCGGCGGAUAUAUCUGCCAAUCUUGUGUGAAUCUUUUCUCAUUUUUCGUCUUUCUUCGCCACUUUCUAGUUUCCAGUCCCUAACCAACCUGCUUGACCGAAAACCAGCGGGGCAGGUGUCUCUCCCGGCAGGCGGAUUACCUUCCGGUCCUGAUCAUCGGACAUGUCUCGCGAGGCGAUGAAGCGCAUCAAAACUGAAGGGACUGGUGUAUCAUCACCCAUGAAUACUGGUGGAAUGACGAAUAAUAUAGUGGAAUGGAGCGAUACACUCCUUUGUUAGACGAGGAGUUUCGGAGCUCCGAUGGACUAGCAUCGACUCAUCUGCGCCUCCCGUGGUUGCACAUACCCGCGUCGAACAUUCUAAAUCGUUAAUCAGACCCCAGAAAAUAUUCUUCAACCAUUUAAUCACGAACUACAGACUGUAGAUGCAGCAGCAUUGGCUGGUUCCCUCGCUGCCAAUAAUUCUCUGUUUGCAACAUUUGUCCGUUUGAAGCCUCUAGUAUGCAGGGAUUAUUGGUUGUUAGUACAUUCGACAGCUAUCCCCAUCCAACAAUUGAUUGCUGCCGAAGCAUUAUUUACGAGCUCGAUCAUGUACAUGUACAGUACAUGUGCAUCAAGUUGAACUAGUUCGUGACCCUGAUCAAUAAUAGGGACCGCAACUGGCUUAGCGGUGGCAAUCUCGCUUUCUAUCCCCUAUGAUGCGUGUUCUUACCGGAAAUUUAUAUUUCCUUCACUACUACUGCAGCUCUUAUCUGCUGGGACAUCACUUGACAGGGUUCAACAAUGAUAUUGCCCGUGAUAUUUUUCCGAUGUCCAGGCUUACCUUUUUCCAGUCUACAUUUGGGGUGGACAAUUGUAGGCCACAAGCUCCAGUGGGCAAAGAAUCUUUGCGAAGGGAAAGAGACAGAUAUUCUUCUAUACUUCAAUAAAGAUAUCUUCGCCAUUGCUAUGGUAAAGGAUUUCUCGGCUUACUAGAGCCAGCUAAAGGCUACAUGCCAGAAAUAUCUUAGGUAAACUCGAAAUCUAUAGCUCGACGAGAAGACGGAUCGGCCGUCGAAAAGAAAGGACCCAACAGCAAAUAAAAUGUAUUUAAAAUAUAAAAACUUGAAUAUACUCGUGCUUCUGCCGGGGUGGUUGAUUCCAGGUAUAACCAAAUCGAGUCUAAAAGGAGUAGCAUUAAGACGAUCUAUAAAGCCAGAAUUUCCGGGAACGUUCUCAAUUUGACAUGGACGGGAAGUAGCCAGCACAUUUCAGCUGUUCUAGGUUCGUCCUCAGUUACAAAUAUUAAGCUGUGGAACUGCUUCAGACAUUCAUGAGCAGUUCAGUUUCUGUGCUCGAAACUACAAAGUAAUAUGAUGUUGUAUACGUCAGCAACGCAAAAAGACCUACUUAAUCCUUG